AUAUUUACUCAUCCCUAACGCCACACACAUAAGCAAAAGCAUGUCGGCUGACGAAAAAAAAGAUAAAACCAUUGAAAAUAUGGAUGCCAACACGCCAGAAGCGGAGACGGCGACCAAAGAAAAUGCCGCUGAUAAGGUAAUCGAGUCAAAGGCUGAAACUGAGGCAGCUAAAAAUGUUGAGAAAGAGAUCGAUGCAGCAGCGUCACCCGCUAGUGAUGACGUCGCUGAUAAAAAAGCUGUUGGAGACGCAGUGGCUGCGACCGCGCCAACAGUGGAUGCAGACGAAAAGAAGGACACAAAGGCAGGAUCGCCAGCACCACCAGCAUCAAAGAAAGUAAAUAAUGGCGCUAAGAAAAAUGCCAAGACUGACGACGACGAGGAUGAUGUUGAGGACGAGGAGGGAAGUGAGGAUGAUCAAGCGGAAGACGAGAAGGACGAGAAUGUCAGUGAUGAGGAAAAGAAACCAACAGCCACAUCGGAGAAGAAGAAAAAUGAUGCGACAGAUGGUGCUAAGUCGAAGUCAGGCUCAGCUGGAGCGGACAAGUCAGCAGCCGCUAAAAAAAAUGAAGCAAAGGCCAAGAAUGGCAAGGUGGAGAAAUCGGACAAACAAGAUGAGGAUGAUGAUGAUGACGGCGAAGGCGAUGGCCUCGAUGAGAACAAUGAGGUGGCCGAGGAUGAUGAGAAUGUUGUGGCUUUGGCCGAGAUUGAUCGCAUUAAUGAGAAUAUUAAUAAGACACGAGUGGAUGGUCUUCAGGUGCUACAUUCGCUCUGUUUUGGCGCACAAGGAAAAAAUAAUGUGGUGAAAAAGAAUCUGCGUUCUUUUGCCGGGUUUGAGUUUGCCAAGGACUCGUCGGAAUACAAAAAGAAAUACGAAUCCAUUAAGAAGGUGGAUAACAAAUCCUUGCGUAGUAUCUGCGAAAUUCUGACGCUAGAUCGCAAAGGCAGCAAGGAUGAGAUUGCGUCGCGAGUGCUCAAAUUUUUAAUGGAGCCAGAUGAGUCGCUGUGUAUUGAACAGGGUGAGGAGGAGGAAGAGGAGGUGGACGAUGAAGAUAUCGAUGAAGAUGAUGAUGCUGCCAGCGAAGAGGAUAAGAAACGCAAGAACAGUAAAACGAGCGCCGGCACCGGUAGAGGCUCAGCUCGCAAUUCCACUGGACGUCCAAAACGUUCAACAGCGGGAAAAAAAAUGUCAGCAUAUGUAGACUUAUCAAGCUCCGAGGAGAGCGAGCACAAAGUGACAGUGGCUAAGCGGAGACGAAAUGAUGAUUCCGAAUCCGGUUCAGAUUACAAUCCUUCGGGAAAUUCAGACUCUGACGCGGGGCGUGGCGGUGGAGGUGCUGGUGGAGCAGCUGGAGCCGGUCGCAAGAUCUCAGCUCGUGGUAAUCGAGGGCGCCCUGCACGCAAAAGUCGUCGGAGAAAUUCAGAUUCAGAAGACGAAGAAGAAUCUGAGCUAUCAGAUGCAGAUAGUGAUCAGGUGCCUAAGCGCAAGCGACCAACUUUAGGCAAACGGGGACGAUCAGCUGCGUCCGCUCCAGCUGGCAGACGAGGACGUGGACGAGGUGCCUCGGCGCGAAAGCGCAAGGACUCGGAAAGUGACGAAGAAGAAGUUUCAGAAGAUGAAGAAGAGGAGGAAUUGUCAGAAUUUGGCAGCGAUCAAAGCGAGGAGGAACGUCCCAAAAAGAGUAAGAAGCCUACAACGCCUGCGAAAAAUAGCAAAGCCAACAACAAGUCAAAGCCAGCCGGAAAAUCCGCUGGCCGACCGAAGAAAUCAAAGAAGGAAACGUCCGAGGAGGAAGAUGUUGAUGACAAAGAUGAAUCCGAUGAAGAUGAGCCACUAACCAAAAAGGGCAAAUUGGCAUUCCCAACGGACGAACAAAUACGCGGCUAUGUCAAAGAAAUAUUAGAUAAGGCCAAUCUCGAAGAGAUUACCAUGAAAACAGUGUGCAAACAAGUCUAUGCUAAGUACCCAGAUUUCGAUUUAACAGAUAAAAAGGAUUUCAUAAAAGCCACAGUUAAAGCGUUAAUUGCGACAUAAAACUACACAAAAGAGAAGGAGCCUUGGGAUGGGCCAGCAAGCAGUAAAACUUGUAUCAAAUAACAUUAACAACAACAACAUUAAUACAACAAGCGACCGCAAAAGCAAACAAAUUUGGCCACUUUUUGAGAGCUGCUGCAACAACAAAGAAAUAUAUCUAGUUUUCCUAUAAGCGUAUAAUUUGUACUCUUUAAAACUAACUAAAACAGAAGAAAACUCAACCUUAAACGGAUUAUGUCCUUUUCCCAUAUAUGCAUGUGAAUAAUGUAUAUAUGUAAACGUAAUUUUUAAUCACUUUAAUAUUCAUUUUCUUUAUGAAUACCUGCGCUCUCAAACGGCUCUACAAAAAGUGUGUAAUUUGAACAAACAGAAAUAGCAAAAGAAAAUUGUAAAAAACAUACAAACAAGAGCAGAAAACACACGAUUUAUACAUUUAAAUGUAGUGCUGAUUGAUUUGACGUUCAAAAUUAUGUAUUUUAAAUUAAGCAAAGAGGAUAAAUAAAAAACAAAAAGAAUAUCUAAAAUUCACACACUGGCAGCAGUACAAAAAAAAAAUGAAGCAUGGAAAACCUUAAAACGAAAAACAAGUAAAAAUUCCAAAUUGAUAAUAUUGAUACGAUUUUGGUCUAUGUUACAAAUGAUAAAAGUAUUUGGACUUGAGGGGGUGUUAAAAUAAAAGUAAAGCGAAUGUACUGGAACAAUAAUACCUAUAUAUAGGAAGCAUUAUUCCAGAGAAAAAUCCACGAGCAUUAAAUUGAGGAAUUUUAAAGUAAUUGUAAAAUACGAAUGGUUGCAGGUUUUGAUAUAUAUCUUUUGAUUUUGACUUAAUUUCGGUUCGAGGGAGCUUGGAAUUGUCAAGUUAGUGUGAAGUUAACAAACUGUCAAUCGAUUGUUAUAAUAAUUAUACACCUAUUUAUAAUUUCGUUUCCACUUGAAUUUGGCUUUGAUAGUAGAUUAAAGACAGAACUAAAGCAGGUUUCUCUUGUAGAGCGGAGCAGACACACCACACCACAGACCACACGCAUCCAAAAUAAGAAAAAAAAUAUAUAUACAUAUAUGUUUAACGAAAUAGUAAGAAUAGUCUUGCAAAAUAGUUGUAUGUACAUUUUAAACAAAAUAAUUAACGAACAAAAAUUACAAGAUUCAAAACACAAUGUUUUGAAAGCACUUCUCCACACAAGCAUCUCAAUGUACGUU